UAUUUUAAAGAUCGAUGACCUUUGGUAUUAUGAGGAUGGGAGGGAACUUUAUAGUCCGGAUGGAUUCACAAUAAUACCAGUCUUCGUUAUAUAAUCGCAGAAGACACUACUGUGUUUUAAAAUAAAGAGUCAUGGGCUUCACAAAAUUUUGGAUUCUUGUGGUUUUCGUAGUGUGUUUCGAACAAUCCAGCAUCGCAAACCACGUCAAUGUACUCGGCAAGAACAAUCCUGGCAGAUCAAGACCAAAAAAAUCGGUUGAUGCUGAAAUAUAUGUUGCAAUUCCGCCGGAUAACAUUAAGACUGGCAAACAAGACGGCCCUCCGACGUUGAUACGCUUGGAUCCAAAUUCUCCUAAUAAGUUCAAGGGCAAGUUUCCGACACCAAUCGAACGUUUUAUACAACGCAUACAAAACUAUUUUUCCGUAUAUAAUCCACCAGAGUACUUGAAUGACUUGAGACCCGGUAUCAAUAAUCCCGGAAGACGAUUAUGGGUACCAGCCGUUAGAAUCGUCGAACAAUACACAAAUAAUACUACCAUGUAACGGUACGAGCACGAUAGUGAUCAUUCCUGUGCCGUUAGAAAAUGAAAACGUUUCUUCCGAUCAAAAUGCAUAUCCAAACAAACCUGACAC